GUGAAACUGUAGAUUGACUGUUGCUGCACCUUUGUAUAUGACCGAAAUGAUUUGAAACAGGGAUCUUUCCGCCUUAUUUGUUCAAACGCUCCAGUUGUGUUUUAUGAGGUAUGGAUUGAGAAAUCAUUAGCUGCAAUAAAGUGACAGUUAAAGUUUGACAAAGUCUAUUUGGUAUCAGGUUCUCAUUUUGUUACCUUCAAUCUCUGAACCAUUGAAGUUAAAGGAAAAGGCAGCAACUUGAUUGACAGAUACUGAGACAUCAUGAGGACAUCCAAUCACCAGCACAAUGGCAAACUGCUUUUAUUUUUUAUUGCAAUGGUUUUAACGACUGGAAAGAGUGCAAAGCCACGCAAAGGCCCAUUGCAGCCAAUAACACUUACGUCGACUGAGGGAGCUGAUGUUCCUAUUUAUUUUUAUGAGUUUACAGCAACCAACAGUGCUGUGAAGUUGUUUAAAGUGACUGGUGAAACAUACGGGAAGUUCUCCAUUUCAGAUGGAUGGUUGACUUGCAACAAGAGCCUGGACCGUGAAGAACAAGCAAAUUACAAGUUACAGAUAGAGGGCCUAAAUGAAAAUGAUGAGACGAUUGAAGGACCUGAAUUUGUGACAGUAAAAGUUCUUGAUAUAAAUGACAAUCAACCUUCAUUCACUGAAAAUCAAUAUGAAGGAGUUGUACGCCAGAAUUCCAGGCCUGGAAGACCUUUCAUGUAUGUAAAUGCUACUGAUUUGGAUGACCCUGAAACUCCUAAUGCUAAAAUUGAGUACAGCAUCUCACAGCAGGUACCAAUCAGUCAUGGUGCAGUGUAUUUCCAGAUUGAUAAUGAAACUGGGGCAAUCUCCACAACUGAAGACGGAUAUAACUCACUUGAUCCAACAGUGGAAGAUGCCUACCAGCUGAUAGUUAAUGCAAAAGAUUCAGCUGCCUUGUCUCUGACCACAAGCUCUGUGGUAAAGAUUACUGUAAAAGAGAAUUUGUGGAAGUCACCUGGUAAAAUAGAAAUUACUGAGAAUUCUACAGACCCUCAUCCCAAGAUAAUCACACAGGUGGAGUGGAAUGAACCUGGUGCAAUAUUUGAACUCAAGCCAAAGAACAAGAUGGCUUAUCCCAAAUUUCCAUUUGUAAUCGAUGCCACUGGUAACAUUAGUGUAACAGAACCAUUAGACAGAGAAGAGAUUAGUGAGUAUGUACUGUUGGCGUAUGCUCUGGAUAAAAAUAGAGAGCCACUGGAAACACCACUGGAAAUUGUGAUCAUCGUAAAAGACAUCAAUGACAAUCACCCAAUUUGUAAGGAUGCAGUAACAAUGAUUGAGGUGCAAGAAAAUGAAGAUAUAGGAAGCUUUAUCGGAACUGUGCUUGCAACAGAUGAGGAUGAAGAGGGAACAUCCCAUUCUUUAUUGAGUUAUGCAAUUGUUGACCAAGACCCAAAGAUUCCAGAAGACAACAUGUUCACUAUUGAUAAGUACAAUGGAAAAAUCCAACGUUUCAAAGGGCAUCUGCAGAAGCAAAAUGCACCUGAAUAUAUUUUAAAAGUCCGAGUCGCAGACCAACUAGGGCAGAAAGAAGGACUAACCACUGAAUGCAUGGUCAAUAUCUCUGUUAUUGAUAUCAAUGACAUGAUUCCUAUCUUUGAGAAAUCAGAGUAUGGCCCCAUCACCUUACCUGAAAACACUUCAUUGGAUACGGUACUGAUAGAAAUUCAGGCAACAGAUAAUGAUGAGCCUUUCACGGGCAGCUCUGAGAUAUUGUACACUGUUGUAGAAGGUGAUGAGGAAGGAACUUUCAAAAUUAUAACUGAAGAAAGUACAAAUAAAGGAAAGGUGCAGCUGGUUAAGCCACUAAACUUUGAAGAUUAUUCAGCUUAUAAGUUAAAGAUCAGUGCCACAAAUCCAGAACCACUAAUAAAAGGAGUGGAGUACAACUCAAGCUCGUUCACCUUCUUGUUCGUUAAUGUGACCAAUAAUGAUGAACCACCACAGUUCUUAGAGUCUUCAUAUCAAAAACGGAUAUUCGAGAAUGCCUCCAAGGGUGCUAUCGUGCUUAAAGUGGAAGCCAAAGACCCUGAAGGUGCUGGAGUGAGAUACAAACUAUAUGAUCCAGAUAAACAAUUCAAGAUUGACUCUGAAACUGGAGAGAUCUCCGUUGAAGGUGAAUUGGAUGCGGAGAAGAAAAACCAUUAUGAAAUUAAUGCCAUUGCAAUGGAGAAAGAUAAUCCUAACAAGCGUUCCACAGUAAGAAUCUCCAUUUACUUACAAGAUAUUAAUGACAACCCUCCCAAAUUAGCAGCAGCUUCCACUUCAUUUUCAAUUUGCCUCCCAGUUAAAGAAGAGGAGAAAAUAAUAAUCCAAGCUGAAGAUUAUGAUGCACAAUUUGGCCCUCCAUUCAAGUUUUCGAUCUCUAAAAAUCCAGGCAAAAAAUUCAACAUUGAACACAUAAAUGGUACUCAUGCCUUUGUCACCCUGGCCUUUGGUUCACACACUGAAGAAAUAGACUAUAAGAUUCCUUUGACAAUCACCGACAGUGGCUCUCCGCCUCUAGAAGGAAGCAGUUUCUUGGAAGUUACUAUCUGUAAGUGCACAAAAGGAAACAAGUGUUUCAUCCCGCUAGAAGAGCAAUCUGGACCAUCAAGAAUAGGUCUUGCAGUUGGAUUACUGCUUGGAACCUUUGCCGUUAUAGGUUUGAUCCUUGCAGUGGUACUUUUAAGAAUGAAACACAGAAAAAGUGAUAAAAUAGAUCCCAAAGCAACACGGAAUGCGAAUGAAACUAUACCUCUGGCUAAUGCGUAAUACUAGAAACUUGAAUAUCUACUGCACCCGAAGGAAAUUAUUUCACAGGGUCAACCUUGCAGUCUUUUGAAGAUCCUUUUACAAAUUCUUUUCUUCAUGAUGAGUGACAAAAGUUUUGAAUACAGCCUAAUUUGAUGUUGAUUUUACCGAAGCAUUUAUUUAUAACUAGGAUGCAUAGAGUGCAUUUAUUACAUUACAUUCUAUUGUGUCAUUAAAAGUGCUGUAUAAUAUUUGGAAUGCCAUUCAUCAAUCUCACUUUAUAGAAACUUAAUUUGAAGCUUAUUUUGAGUGAACAUGACUAUAGCAUAUCCAUUUUUGGAGUUUUAUUGUUAGGAUCUGUUUGAUCUUUUAAAAAAUUGCAAUUAAAAUUUGCUUUAUGAUGGUUUGCAAAUAUUUCUUUCCAAAAUACCAUAAUGAUUAUUUUUAUUAUUUUCUUUGCUAAUUAAUAUAAUAUGUAAAAAGGGAUGAUUCUGAGUGAGUACCAUAUAAGCCAAUUAUAUAGGUCAAGUUAGUGCACCCCGUGCACUUAUCAUGAAUUAUAUUUUGGCAUCCAAAAUGAAAUGACUUAGAUUUUCAAAUCUUCCUUAAAUGACUCAGCCUUAAGCCAGUCAGUUUAUGCCUGAAUCUUUGCUUAAUGAAUAAUACAAGCCAUGCACCAUUUCUGAUUUGACAAAGUCACAUGCCAAUGAUGCAAUGAUAUCUCAUGACCUGAAUCUCAUUGUGUUUCAUAUUUGCUAAGAAAAAUACUCGAUAAAUACGUCUUCAUAAAUGUUCUGACAGAUGAGCAGAGCUGAUUUCGGUGAUCUCAGCAAGAGCAGCAUUGUAGGCACUGCACUUGGUAAAAGGGCCAUUGGAGAAAAGAGGAGAAAAAGCAGCCAGGACUUUCGCUCCUGAAAAUUAACCAGUAACCUCCCUUGCAAAAAUGGACAUGUGUAAACAUCAGAUCAGGACAUGGUUGGGACUUGGCUGUGAUGAUCUCUGUGAUGAACAACCUGACAGCAUUUACUAACUAGGUUUGCACACAAAGGAUGCUCCUGGGCAGAAUAUUGGAUGGCUGCUGGCACUGGUGGAGCUGUAUCCAGACAAACAUCAGUGCUUUCAGGAAAAGAUGAGAAAGCAGCAAAAAGAAUUAGAUGGGUGAGGGCGGGGGAGAAAUAGCUGCUGUAAAUAUAUUGCUUCUAUUGCAUUCCAGAUAAAUAGUCUCUGCUGUUUAUUGAAAUUGUUUGUGUUCCCAGGAUAUCUUUCUUCUCAUAUUCCUUCUGGGUCCUCAUGCCAAAGAAAAUGCUGUGUAAAUAAGACUUAUGUUUGAAUUAAGGCGUUUUUCUGCCAGCUGUUUUUAAGCAUCUUUCCACAAUAUUAAUAUUAAACUGAAAUGUUAAUAGGAAAAAAAAAUGCUCCUGCUACAACUAGAGAAGAACAGAGGACAAGUUUUUAAGAAAAAGAUAAUUGUAAUUGCUUUGUAAUUUUGUGUGAUCAUGUUUAAAUGGCAGUAGAUUUAUCGCUUAUUUUGCAUGCGGAAAUAUUUUUUGGCCUCAGUGUUUUCUUAAUGGUUAAAUGUGAUUGCUUUAAUAUGAAAAUAUCUGCCAAGCUGACUUUUUGUGCUGUAGUUAUCAUUUUCUUCUGUGCAUGAACUUCUCACGGGGCUUCUGAUUAUCAGUGCUCAGGGAUGACUGGUGCUACCGACAAUUAAUUAUACAAUGACAACAAUAUCAUGCACCAGGACCUGGCUACUGGAAUGACUAGUUAGUUAGAAAUUACUGAAAUGUUUUUAUAAUGCCACGCUAUAAUAGCAUCUUUGAACUUCUCAAAACUCACCGAAUGGGGCCUCUUCUGUCUGGUUGUCAAAUUAGCAGACUUACUUCAUGUCAGAGAGAAAACCUCAUUAUAAUGGUUUAUAAAGAUGCAUUCAACCUCUGAAAGCAGGUGCAAACAAUCACUGUACAAUCAGCAUAGAACCUUCUUAUGUGGCAUAUUUAUCUUAUGUGAGAGCAAAUAUUCUACAAGAUCUACAUUUGAAAUAUUUUGAAUGUGACGUUUUCCAAAUUGUGAAUUGCUUUUGAGGAUAAUGGUGCUAAGAUAUUGUAAAUGUUGCCCUGAGAGAGAUUGAAAUGUGGUUGAGUGUGUUUAUAACAUUCAAAUAAAGGUGUGGCUGCUAAAUAAUGUAUUAGCUUUUCCAGCAGGGCUACAGGAAAUUAGAGUAGCAGAUUCUAUAAUGCUUUGUACCCAGAAACACAUUUAGCAUUUUAAAUGUAUGGAAAGAAUCCCCAAUAUACAACGUCACAUAACUAGAAAACCAUUGUCAGUCUUUUUUUCUUGUAGGGUCAAAUUUAAGUAAUUGAAGUUGUGCUUCACUAUUGAUUCAGUAGAUGAUGUGGCGUUAAACAUGAACCAUGGUUCUACAUGAACCAGAAAAGCUGAGACUAGAACAUAUAAUCUAUGUUGUUAGUGGAUCUUAGUCAGGAUGUUAAUAGGCCUUUACAAAUGGCCUCAGCAUUGAUGGUCUUGGGAGGGAGAAAACUGAUCAGGAUUCCUACAUCCAGUGACUUGGGAUUAAAUCAGCACUCACAAACCAUGGAUCUUUGUGGUCAGUGUAUCUCUGUUCCAAAUUGACUAGUGAGCCAUUGGAGGAGCACAGAUGAAAGAUUAAAAUACUGAAUUGCAAGUACAGCACUUUUAUAUCAUUGCUACUAUAUACAUAUUUUGGCACAAGGUGGUGCAAUGAGUUAGUACAUUAUCCUUAACUCUGUGGUGUCUGGGUUCAAAUUGAUGGGAUGAAAGUUUCCUCUUUCUGCUGACUUUAAGGAUUUCUCAGCACUCACAAACCGUGGAUCUUUGUGGUCAGUAUAUCUCUGUUCCAAAUUGACAAGUGAGCCAUUGGAAGAGCACAGAUGAAAGAUUAAAAUAAUGAAUUGCAAGUACCGCACUUUUAUAUCAUUGCUACUAUAUAUAUUUUGGCACAAGGUGGUGCAAUGAGUUAGCACAUUAUCCUUACCUCUGUGGUGACUGGGUUCAAAUUAAUGGGAUGAAAGUUUCCUCUUUCUGCUGACUUUAAGGAUUUCAUGUUAAAUAAGCUUGGACAGUCUUAGCUCCUAGUGCAAUACAAGAUGGAAAAUCCCACAGAGAAAAUGGCCACAAGGAUAGCUGGUGUGAGUAAAGGGAUAAGCUAACAGCUGGAAUAGGCAUAUUAUUGGGCAGAGUAGGGGGACUGUUGCUCUGCAUCAGACCUGAGACUUGGAAAGUGUUCUACACUGGUGCUGGGUGCCAAGUUGGAAGCAGUCAGAUCCUUCUUAUUGAAUACAAACUCACUAAAAUAGAGGUAUAUUCAAAAAUGGGAUUGAAUCUUUUUUUUACAAUCCAGCUUUAUUGUGCCGCCACUGUUUUGUUUUUGUACUUUUAUAUGGAUCACACAAUUCCAAGCUGUAGUAUUUUUAUAUUUGGUCUAUCCUCAUUGCUAAGAUUGAUGAAAAUUGCAAAGAAAUAAAAAGCAAUAAGCUACUCCAAUGUAAUAUUUUUGUAUGGGCUGGAUAUUAAAAAAUGAAUUAAAAAUGAGAAAAAAA